UUCGGUGCUGAAACCGAAACCAGAAGUAACGAGGAGGGGUCCGUGCGCGCAGUGAGCGGUCGACGUCUGCUCCGAAGGAUGCGCGUACAUUGCACCGAUGCGCUUGUCCGUGGCCCCAGCCAGGCGGGCACGCGAACCUGAUACCUGCCCUGAUAAGAUGCGGAGAGCCAAAAAGCAGAACAGCUCAGCGUCACUCAUUGCGCGAUGGCUGUCUCGGUGAUGAUCUUCGUGCUGUUGUCGCUCGUCCUCGGGUCCUUGGGAUACCCAACCGCGGAAGCUGAGGGCAAGGAGUCCUGGAGUUACGUGAACGUCCGCAAGGAUGCCCACAUGUUUUGGUGGCUUAUGUACGCUCACAAACCGGGGGACGGCUACAAGAGCGCGCCCCUCAUCAUCUGGCUUCAGGGCGGACCAGGAGCAUCCUCAACAGGGUAUGGCAAUUUCGCCGAAAUUGGACCCCUGGAUGUGUUCCAGAGACCUCGCAACCACUCCUGGGUGCACUUUGCCAACCUGCUGUUUGUGGACAACCCCGUGGGGGCGGGCUACAGCUACGUGACCAAUGAUGGCGCCUAUGCCCGUAACGAGUCGCAGAUUGCCGACGACCUGGUGGCCCUGCUCUCGGUCUUCCUCACCAAGCUGCCGGAGUUCCAGGUUGUGCCUCUGUAUAUCUUCGGCGAGUCCUAUGGAGGCAAGAUGGCUGCCAUUUUCGCCUUGGCGCUCAACAAGGCUGUUUCCAGUGGCCAAAUCCGCUGCCAGCUCAGGGGAGUGGUCCUGGGCGACGGAUGGCUCUCCCCGAUCGACUCCACGGCCACCUGGGGACCGUACCUCUACACCAUGUCAAUGCUGGACAAAGGAGACCUGCUGUCACUGCAUCAUGUGGUGCUCAGCAUCAGGGAUGCCCUCGAUCAUAGAAAGCUUGUCAAGGCCACCCAGCUCUGGACCACCGCCGAAGACCUCGUCGAAACCUUGACCAACGGGGUGGAUUGGUACAACAUCCUGGCACAGCAGUCCAAGCAGUUUGGGCAUGGUACCGUGUCCUUUCCAGAGGGGCACGUCUUGCACAGGGCGUUCGAGCGCCACGUGGCCCCGCUCUACGCUGACAGCCUCUCUGCCCUCAUGAACGGGCCAAUCAGAGACAAGCUAAGCGUCAUCCCGGCCAACGUCUCCUGGGGGGGCCAGUCCACGGGAGUGUUUGAACACCUCCAGGAGGACUUCCUGCUGCCCGCCGUCGCCACAGUGGACAGGCUGCUGAACGAGACCGACAUCCGUGUGGUGGUCUACGGAGGCCAGCUGGAUCUCAUCGUCGACGCCCUCGGCACCCUCCAGUGGCUGGACCGACUGAACUGGCCUGGCAUGACGGGGUUCCGGGGGGCCCAGAAGCGAGUGCUGCUGGUCGACGGAGCCACGGCCGCCUUCUACAAGUCCUACAAGAACCUCGCUCUUUUCUGGAUGCUCAAGGCCGGGCACAUGGUUCCGGCCGACGCCCCCCAGGCAGCCGAACAGAUGGCCAGAAACGUCCUCGCGGGCAAGCUGUGAGCCUCGUUGCCGGACUUUUUUUAUUAUUGUCGCCGGGCGUAUACAACGAGCCGUCGGCCGUCCUGCUUGCAGCCGGUGAAGUGUGUCGUUCUUCGUCGCCGUCGUCCGUCGCCACCCAGAGGAGAACAAAGCCCCUGCAUGCUGUGGGGGGGGGGGAUGGAGGGCAAUUCCAGGGUCCAAACCCAGGGUCCAAACAAGCUUGCAGUCCUCCCAGCCCCCGGACACCCUGUACAGUCGACGGUGGCACCGUGGUCGACGCGGCUCUUUCGUUAUCGUGGCCGAAGGCGGUCAUUAAUUUUAAACCUGUCUGUUUUGUAGUUUAACAAAAGUACGCAACUUCAAGAGAAGUGAUGAACGUUCAUGGCUUGAGUUGUACUUAAAUUUUAAAGCUAAGCGUCAUUCGUUGUCGUAAAUAGUAGAGUUUGUCGUAAAAAUGCGAUGGUCAUGUUGGAUGCCGCUUGAUUUUGCAUGUGGCCUUCAAAUAUCAUGGUGGCCAUUUUAAUGGAGAAAACAUGUGCAGUCCUUUAUAAAUAUGAGUUCCCUCAGUCUGACCUUCCCACUUCCACGCACCCCCAAAAGAAAAACGGGAGUACACACUUCCUUCAAUUGCACAUUCAUUGCCUGGCACUUUUUAGUGGAAAUGGCAAUGGCGGCACUGCAGUACGCCAUACAUUUGUUUGCACUGCUCUAGUAGUUCCAAGCUCGAAGAGCAUGCAUGCAUCAGAUGAGCACAUUCUCAUCCUAAUCAUGACCACUUUCAAGAGUUGAGAUCCUCAGUGCCUCGUAUGCAACUCUGCACAUCAGCUUCCCCCCCCCUUCCCCUUGCAGAUGAAACGUGCAUUUAUAAAUGCUGCCAAUAAAAUUUUCCUACCCCAGCUA